AUGAGUGAAAGUCAAACACCAAAUCUUAUAGAUGAUCAGACCUUUCGUUCGCUUUUGAACGGCAUUGGCGAACUACAAUCUUUGGCUUGUGAUAUCGGUAUAGAACGACGAGAGAAGCAAUCGUCAAUAUACCAAGAAGAAUGUGAUAAAUCUGCAGUUGAUAAUAAUGAAGAAGAAACACUAAAGAUUAUUAAACAAACAACGGAUCUUGCUCGUCUUGCUAUGGUUUUAUUAAUUCGUGGCUUACAAAUAUGUGCAACCCACGCCAGUAAUAAAGCGAAAUGUUUCAGUUCGUAUACAUCAGGCAUAUCUUAUCUUCGUGAGCAACAAGGUUUUUAUGCUCCACCGAAGAACUUAUUACUUCUAUGGGAAAGAAAUGUGAUAUUAAUCGAUUUGUUCACCAGUGAUGAAAGACUUUAUUGUAAUAAACGUAUCGCGCAAGACAUGUUUGAUAUUUGUCUGGAAACAUACGAUUGGCUUCGGUCACUUGCUAACAAUAAUAAAUAUUAA